UCACCAGCUAGGAAGCUAUUAUUUACAGUCUAUGCUAGAAACAUACAGGGCGCUUUCGAGGAUAAAUGUUGUCUAGUCCCUUUCAAAGGUUGUUGCAUAAUGGGAAUACAAAUUGUCCGACUGCGCCUGUAGUAUAUGAAGCUAUACACCUUUAAUGUUGAUGUGAUCAACGGUCAUUCGGUUUUUUUAUAAAGUCGCCUUCAAGUCACUGGUCAUGACUAGAAGGGAUCCAGCUUUUGUAAAAUAACGUCGAAGGGUGUCAAAGGCUUGCUGACUACAUUGAAGGAGUGAAAGAAAACGUUGAGUCUACCACCCAGGUGCUCAAACACAAUUGUGAGAUGAAUAAACAUGAUGAAGGCUUCUACAAGCUCGGGGUUUACUAUGUCCAAGGGAAAGGGGAAAUUGCAGAUAAUCUGAAGAUGGCCUACUCCUGCUUCAUGACGGCCUACAGCAGUGGUGAUUGCAGUGUGAGUCGGACACAGGCAGAUAAACACACCCACUCUCUGAGCCGUAAAGAAGAGGCAGCCAUACCUCAGCUCUCAAGCACAAUGCCCAUCUGACACACAACUAGUAAGUACAAGAGUGCACACACUGAGGAUGAGUAGUGCUGUCCUGCACUGACAGACAGAUGGUGUGGGAAUGAUGGACCUCCCCAAUGGCCAAUCAAGCGUCACCACCGCUGCUGCAACUGCCUCGGAGAAGAGCAGCAGCUCAGAGUCUCUCAGUGAGAAGGGUUCUGAGCUGAAGAAGAGUUUUGAUGCUGUCGUCUUCGAUGUCCUGAAGGUUACCCCUGAGGAGUAUGCAGGUCAGAUCACUCUCAUGGAUGCUCCGGUGUUCAAAGCCAUUCAGCCUGAGGAGCUGUCAAGUUGUGGCUGGAACAAGAAGGAGAAGCACAGCUCUGCCCCUAAUGCUGUGGCCUUCACCCGCAGGUUCAACCAGACGACUUUCUGGGUGGUGAGGGAGAUCCUUCAUGCUCAGACCCUGAAGAUCAGAGCUGAGGUACUCAGUCUGUACAUCCGAACUGCCAAGAAACUGUGUGACAUAAACAAUCUGCAUGCAGUGAUGGCUGUGGUGUCGGGCCUACAAAGCGCUCCCAUCUAUAGACUCUCCAAGACGUGGGCGUUGUUGAGUCGGAAGGACAAAGCAACGUUUGAGAGGUUGGAGUAUCUCAUGGCCAAAGAAGACAACUACAAGCGUCUGAGAGACUACAUACGCAGCCAGAGCAUGAACUCCUGCAUACCAUACCUGGGUAUGUAUCUGUCUGACCUGACGUAUAUAGACUCAGCGUAUCCCUCUACUGGCAGCAUCCUGGAGAAUGAACAGAGAUCCAACCUCAUGAACAACAUCCUGAGGAUAAUAUCUGACCUGCAACGCUCCUGCACUUACGAUAUACAAGUGUUGCCUCAUGUCCAGAAGUAUCUCAACUCAGUCAUGUACAUCGAGGAGCUACAGAAGUUUGUGGAGGAUGACAACUACAAGUUGUCGUUGAAGAUCGAGCCAGGCUCCAGCACCCCCCGCUCCACUGCCUCUAGAGAGGACCUUAUAGGUUCGGAUGCAUCUGCGUCUCCUCUGUGUGGCCGUAAGGGCCCCGUUGCAGACGGAACCAAAGUCCCUCCCACGCCCCCUUCCCCCCGGAACCUCCUCCCCUACGGACACAGGAAGUGUCACAGCCUGGGCUACAAUUUUAUUCAUAAGAUGAAUACGGUAGAGUUUAAGAGCGCUACAUUCCCCAAUGCUGGUUCUCGUCAUCUAUUGGACGACAGCGUCAUGGAGAGCCACACCCCUACGAGAGGACAGGCCGAGAGCUCAACGCGCUCCAGCGGCAUCUCACUGGGGAGCAGUGAGGGUUCAGAACUCAGUGAAGAGAUGUCCUGGCCAGCCUUUGAGAGGACUCGGUUCUAUCACUCUCUGGGCCCUGUGACCCGCGUGGCCAGAAUCCCCUACAGAGGAGGCCUGAGGCCCAGCAGCUCUGCUGAGUCUGAGGAGUUAGCAGUGCACCUGUACCCUGGAGCUGUCACCGUGCAGGGAGUCCUACGACGCAAAACUGUCUUCAAGGAGGGCAAGAAACCCACAGUGGCGUCUUGGACCAAGUUCUGGGUGGCUCUGUGUGGAACUCAGCUCUACUACUACCAUGCCAAGUCCCUAAAGGCCACAGAGAGAAAGCACUUCAAGUCGUCUAGCAGUAAGAGUGUGUGUGUUGUGGGGUUAAUGGCCAUCAUGUCAGACGACCCUGAACAUCCCAACGUCUUCCUGCUCACAGACUCGGAACACGGUAACACCUAUAAAUACCAGGCAGGGAACAAAAUGAAUGCCCUUCUGUGGUUCAAACACCUCAGUGCUGCCUGCCAGAGCAACAGACAACAGGUCCCAGCCAAUCUGAUGUCCUUUGAAUGAGUGCUGCUGUAGAGAACGGAGCGAUAGAGCUAAAAUAGAGGGCUAGUGACUCAGCACCAGGAGCUUUCACUGCCAUGACCCCUAAACUAUAACCCUAGACCCCAGCCCCACUGGAGCCCCACCUGCCACCACUGCCUUAACCUAAGGAGCCGUGUGUGUGUGUGUGUGUGUGUGUGUUUGUGUGUGUGUGUGUGUGUUGAAGCAGUGGUUAUUAUGGUUGCAUAGACUACUGAAUGAAGACCCAAACCACUUCUUCUCUCUCGUUCUCUCACUCUGUUGUUUUUGCCUGUGGAACUAUGGGAUGUCUCCUCUCCUCUUUCUUGGAUGCUUCUUAAGGAUGGAUGGACAUGAUUUAUCCUUGUUUUCCCUCACUCCCUCUCUUCUUGACAUACUGUGCUCUGGUGGAAGACAGACUCUGCCCUUUCUAGGGCUGGACUCACACACACAAACAAUACUGGACUAACCCAAAGGAAUGGGAUUUCAAACACACUUUUCUUUAUCACACUUUGGUUCACAAACUCCCACACACACACAACACUCCGAUGGUCUCUUCACACUUGAGUUGGGCUCACAAAACGGACACUUUUUACACACAUUCACUCCCCCCUUCUGAGAGUGUGUGUGAUUGGCCUGUGUGAUUGGCCUGUGUGAUUGCAGCAUUGUGAACAUUAAGGGCUCUGAUUCUCAAAUCUAUUCCAGCAGAAACCACUCCCACACACGUGUCCUGAAUGUAUCCUACUGUUUUAUAUUCCAGAGCCUCUCCUCGCCGUAUGUGUGUGUGUGUUGGGGGGGGGCACACUAUAUAUGGUAAGUCACAUCACGGGAAUGAUAAACCCAGACUCUAAGCUUUCCUCUAUUCCACCUUUAUGGACCCAGUUAUAUUGCUCUUAUAAACAGGCUUUAUAUGUUGUUCUCUCUGGACCGCUGUCUGCUCUGUCCACAUGUUAAAGCUUGAGAUUCACCAGAACACACGCGUGUACACACAAUAACACUAAAGACUUGAAAGCUGUGAAAAAGUGAACGAUGGAAUGUUAACCCCAGAAAAAUCAAUAUCUCCACUUCCUUUUUUUGUUAUUGCUUGAACAUAAGAGGGAGCUACAGGUCCUGACCUGAUCUGCUUUACACAUCUGAGUGUGUUUUAUAUACACACACACACACACACACACACACACACACACACACACACACACACACACACACACACACACAAGCUAUCGGGAGCCAUUCAGAAUCCAUUUGAAUGAUUGUUUUUGUUGGUUAGUGUUUUCUGUUACCUUGGUGGUGUUGUGAUGGACGUAUCAGCAGUAUUACCCUGUAGAUGACUUGCACAUGUCUAGCUUAUUUUAAUUGUCUUUUACAUUUCAUUUCUGGCCUCUUCCCUUUUUCUUAUUUUUUAUUUUUUUGAACAUGUUGUCCCUUUACGUGUUUUUGAUUUUAUUUGUGUAGUGUUUGUUUUCUCACCUAUGAGUUUGUCACAUAGGGUUACGGUACAGAUCUACUGCUCUAUUGCCUAGUCCCAUGUCGUCCUCUAAACCCAUCGCCUGGUCACUACUCAUGGCAUCUUCAAUUAAAGCUAUGGAUAGGUGUAAGCAAGUUGUUGGUGACUCCACCUCAUCCUCCAAUUGGCUGAGAGAAACUUCCUCCAUAUUGCUUACACCUAUCCAGUCCUGUCAGAUCUGUGAACAGUUAAGGAGUACGAGCUAACCAUUUGAAGUGGACCCAGCCAGAGUCUGUAUGGUUUGGGACUCAACCCUGAGUGUGUGCCAAUGUACCAAACACACAUUUUUAUUCAGAUUUUGGAGAAAGUGUUACAAUUAGAACAAAUUUACUGAAUACGUUCUUGGGAAAGGAGAAAGGAUGGUGUGGUCACAUUCUCCUACUACUCUCAGAAAGGACUUAAACCACUAGUAGAGUGUUAUCUUGCGUUCUCCUGACUGUUUCCAUCUCAACCUGACAGUUAGGUUAGGUCCUGACUUGUAACAAUGGUUUACAUCUCCCAUAUGUUCAUAUGUUUGUAUAUUUUCCAUGUCUAUUGUUUACAUAGAGGUCCAGCAAGUUAGCAUCACAUUCCUCACCUCAAACUGACACUAUGUACUCUAGGAGCAAGAGACUCCAACUCCCAUGGGCCGGUGCGGCAACAGUUGUCUGUUAUGUCCUGUAGAGGCUAAGCUAAUGGGAGAGGGUAGAACUUAUCCAUAACCAUUGAUACAGGGUCAGAUAUGUAUUCACCCCCUAAUGGUUAAGAUUGGGGUUGGUGUAAUCUGAUCCCAGAUCUGUUGUUUAGGGCAACUUCUACGUAUUCCAUUUCAGGCUCAUUUCCCAUCUGCUCCUCAGCUCCCAGCAGUUAUCCCACACACAGCUACAGAUCCAUUAAUAGCAAGACUCCAGCAGGGCUAUGUCAUACAUCGACUAGGAGAUGAGGAGGCCAGAGAAAGAAAGGAAUGAGAGGGGUAGUGUUACAGUGAUACAAAAGGACAAGAGAGGAAGGUAGUACAACAGUAUGAGUGUGUAAGAACUAUUUUUGUUUACCUGCUAGAAAGCACAGAGCCUCAUGGCUGCCAUUUCUUCACUGUUGAGCAGUGGGUAAAUCUGUAUAGAAUGUGGUAUAGCAUAUUCUGUGUGGAGUGUGAUUGAACAAGGAAGGAUAUAGUAGAAAUAGAGGGGUGAAUGGAACUCUGAUACAACACGAGCUGUACAGAGAAGCAGGCAGACUGACGCUCCCCACAGAAGACCAGCAGAGGAGAAAGUAGGUCUUUCUCUCUGUUUUCCUUCUUUUUUUCCUCUCACAGACCUCUCCUUCACAUCUCUCUCCCUUGGACAUAGAGGGCUUCAAUGCAAGCUGAAGAGAGCGGCAGAUUAAAUGGCAGACAGGAAUGCUCCCAUGUUACAGUGUAGUGUCAAACAGUACUGAAGUGAGGGAUGUGGAUGCCUAUAGGGAAAGGGUUAGGAGUGUGAGUUUUUACAAUCUGUUAUGGUGGGCUUUUUGUUUCUGAGAAAUAUCAAUGUCAAAAUGGUUUGUUUCCACAGUUUGGGUCCAAGCACAAAUACACAACCAGCUGUGUAUUAUUUACUGUCUAGAGUAAAGUUUAUUUUGGGAUUUGUCUGCAGCGUUAAUUAUUUUUUUCCUGCGAAAUCCUUUAACAGUUCAGCUGAGAUGACUGGGUGGUGUGUGGUUAACAUGAGAGGGGGGGGUGUAGUGCUGUUACGUGUGCUGUAGGGAUGGAGAAGUUGCCCGCAGCUCAAGGGUCAGCUUAAUUCCCUUUAAAUCCAAACUUUAACCAUUAGGGGAAAAUGUAAAACUGACCUUAGAUCAGUUUCUAGAAGAGACAUCUACCUACUCUAUAUGGCUCAGUUUGAGAGUGAUGUUUGAUGUGUUGACGACGUCACUUAGCUUUGUCCAUGUCCCAUGACCUGUGGGGUGUGUCCAUGUGCUAUCCCUCUACCUCCUGUACUCCAACCCCAAGUGAGGACCCACCCAUGUUACGUGACCCGGGUUUGAACUAUGACCUCUGAAUUGAGUGAUGUGACCUGAGUCUCAGCCAGAUAACCAAUAAACACACUGCCCUUUUUAUACUCUGCCCCUCGGUUCACUUUCAUUUAUAUAAACAUGGUUUCAGCUAAAUGUGGUGUAUGUGUGCCGGGCCAGGAGUUUCUACUUACCACAACCUGUUAAAUGUCCUGGACAGGGCAUGUGGUUAGGAAAAAUGUGUAUGUGCGUGCUUAAACUAGUGUUAAUACACUUUAGGUAUGGAUUGAUCUGUAAUCUUCCUACUGAAAUAAAACCUACUUGAAUUGUU